CACGGUGGGUGGGUGUGCGCGUGUGCGGCGAGAUGCUAGCGCCCCUAGCGGCCGGCGGCGGUUCUACGCCACACUGCAGUAGAUCUGCAGGGAGGACACUUUAGGAUCUGUAGUUUCGCGUCAUAUCGGUGCUCCACUUUGUUUACCUACACCGGACACUCCCAACUGGCCGCUGCCGGUUUGAAGGUGCCAAGUGCUUAAGUGUAAGGUGCUAUUAACCUAAUUAAGUGUCUUGUGGGAUUCAGUGUCAUCUGAUAUUGCUUGAUAAAAGUGCGAAAAGGGUGCGAAAAUAUAUAAGUGUUAGUACGAGUUUCGAAUAACGUGUCAACGUUUCCACCUGCACUGUGUUUCUAACAUGUGAUUAUCGCUAGUGUUACAAUGUAUCUUGUGUUGUGCCUGUGAGAAUGUUCCUGGUCAACAUGAGGAGCCUUGCCGCUCUACUAGUCACGGUCUUCUAUAUAAAUACAGUGAUCGGAGCCAUGUCGAAGAGCGGUAAGGGAUCGUCUACAAAUCUACUAGAUCCAACAGGCAGACAAGGACCUUACUUUGAUAAAGCAGCUUCAAAAAAUGUAACGGCGUUGCUGGGGAAAACGGCCUACCUAAACUGCAAAGUGAAAAAUUUAGGAAACAAAACGGUAUCCUGGGUAAGACACAGAGACAUCCACCUACUGACUGUGGGGAGAUAUACCUACACGAGUGACCAGAGGUUCAGAGCCAUUCACCAUCAGAGCUCAGAAGACUGGAGUCUGCAAAUCAAAUAUCCCCAGCACAGAGACACCGGGAUAUACGAGUGUCAAAUCAGCACCACGCCUCACAUGAGCCACUACAUACACCUCAAUGUCGUUGAACCCACGACAGACAUCAUCGGAGGUCCUGAUUUAUUCAUUGACAGAGGAAGCACUAUCAAUCUGACUUGCGUAGUGCUUUAUAGUCCCGAGCCUCCAGCUUACAUCUUCUGGAACCACAACGACGCGAUCAUCAGUUACGACUCACCCCGCGGUGGUGUGAGUGUUAUCACUGAGAAGGGUGAGACGACAGUCAGCUACUUGCUGAUACAACAAGCAAGGACGACUGAUAACGGGAAGUAUCAGUGCAACCCUUCCAACGCUCAGUCCAAGUCCAUCAAUGUUCAUGUGCUCAAUGGAGAGUUCCCCGCUGCUAUGCAGCAUGGAGGUCAGGCGCAUCACCGCUCCUCCCACCUCUACUGCCUCAUACUGUGCGUCUGCCUGCUGCUACUCUCCCCCUAGCAGACAGUGGCUCUCGCCUGCGCCACGGCAGCCACCCGCGCUCGCUGAGGCCGGACAGAGAGUCCAGGGUCUAGUGAAAAUGAACUGAGCGGAAAUCGGAGGUUUUCUAACUCCUGAGUUUUUAAGAAUGCUGUUGUUUUGUAAAUUUCACAUUUCAACGUCGGACAGUGAAAAACACGGAUUGAAAGACAAUCUCAAAUCGCCAGUUUAAUUAUAAGUGUUGUUACAUUUUCAAAAGUUUAGUUUAAAGGCAUGUUAUAGCAUAUAUUUUUCGGUGAAUGUUUUUGGAACCGUACUCGUAACUUCAGUUGUUUUUAUGAAAAUUAUCGGUGUUAGACAGUUUGUUGUUGGCUACUUAACUUGGAAUUUCUCCGUAACGUUCUUUUUAUAUUCGUAGUGUUUCCGUAGUUUGUACGUCAGGACAACUUUCUUACUUUACCGAUUUCGACCUUUGUUACAUAGCUGAUUAUUAUUACAUGAAGCUCAACGGAAGUCUUAUGUGUGUUAAUGUGUUUAAACUAAUAUAUUUUAUACAUAAGUCUAUAGUGUUUAUAGGGCUUUGUCUGUGCAUAUUAUUGUGUAUAUUGUAAAUAGUGUUGUUGAUUUGAAUUUCUUAGGCCUUGUACUACCUUGAUUUAAGCCUAAAUUCAGUCUGUUCUUAGAAUUCCAGUUACUUUUUAAACUGUACAAAGUUUAGGAAAAUGCUUUAUUAUUUUAAACUCCCAAUUUCUAAAAAGAAAAAUAACAAAUUAGCAUAUAAAUAGCUGCAAAAAUAAUAUUAUUUUUUACUCGAAUUUGUAAAUUAUGUUAAGAUUACGCAUAAGCAUUUGCUUGUCAAACUUGUAUCUUGAAAGCCUUAGUAAAUUGCGGAAGAUACGAAAUAAGAACCUUUUAGUAGUAUGUUUGUUUAUGAGUCUAUUUUCAGAAAAUGUCAUCACUCUUGAUCCUUAACGAAAUUCCUGCGCAUCCAAGAAAUCUUUUGUUUCUCACUAGUGGUCCGUGACGCCCGUUCUCUACAGUCAAACGGUCAACAAACUUUUACUGAUACAAUGUUUCUAUAAAGCACAAUUCUGUGAUCAUUAUUUUAACUAAAUUUUUGGAUUUUUAAAUAUAUUAAAGUAACAAAAGUAACUAAAACAACAUCCGUUAAUUGUGAAUAAUUGUGAGAUGAAAUCUCUCACUUGUUGUAAAGAACAAUAAUUGUGGUAUAGUUUAUGAUAUACCAAUUGUAUGUAUUGU